GAGCUCUGGGAGGGCGACUUACUCGUUUGCUACUGAGCCGUCGCACUGGUCGUGCGCAAUAAGAGUACGGUGCCCGGGAGGCGCGACCGUAGCGGAAGUAGCGGUGGGCGCCUUUGCAACCGCCGCGGACGCCGCCGCCGGUUUUGUACAGGUUCGCUGGUCGCUAGCUGGAGUCACGAGGGGCUGCGCCGGCAGCGGAAACAUGGAGGGAGAUGGUUCAGACCCAGAGCCUCCAGACGCAGGAGAAGACAGCAAGUCGGAGAAUGGGGAAAAUGCGCCCAUCUACUGUAUCUGCCGCAAACCGGACAUCAACUGCUUCAUGAUCGGGUGUGACAACUGCAAUGAGUGGUUCCAUGGGGACUGCAUCCGGAUCACUGAGAAGAUGGCCAAGGCCAUCCGGGAGUGGUACUGUCGGGAAUGCCGAGAGAAGGACCCUAAGCUGGAGAUUCGCUAUCGGCACAAAAAGUCUCGAGAGCGGGAAGGCAAUGAACGGGACGGCAGUGAGCCCCGGGAUGAGGGUGGAGGGCGCAAGAGACCUGUCCCAGAUCCAGACCUGCAGCGCCGGGCAGGGUCCGGGACAGGGGUUGGGGCCAUGCUUGCUCGGGGCUCUGCUUCGCCCCAUAAAUCUUCUCCACAGCCCUUGGUGGCCACACCCAGCCAGCAUCACCAGCAGCAGCAGCAGAUCAAAAGGUCAGCUCGAAUGUGCGGGGAGUGUGAAGCAUGCCGGCGCACUGAGGACUGUGGCCACUGUGACUUCUGCCGAGACAUGAAAAAGUUUGGGGGGCCCAACAAAAUCCGGCAGAAGUGCCGGCUGCGCCAGUGCCAGCUGCGGGCCCGGGAAUCCUACAAGUACUUCCCUUCCUCGCUCUCGCCGGUGACGCCUUCAGAGUCCCUGCCAAGGCCCCGCCGGCCGCCACCCACUCAACAGCAGCCACAGCCAUCACAGAAGCUGGGGCGCAUCCGUGAAGAUGAGGGGGCAGUGGCAUCAUCAGCAGUUAAGGAGCCACCUGAGGCUACAGCCACACCUGAGCCACUUUCUGAUGAAGACCUACCACUGGACCCUGACCUGUACCAGGACUUCUGUGCAGGGGCCUUUGAUGACCAUGGCCUACCCUGGAUGAGUGACACAGAAGAGUCCCCAUUCCUCGACCCUGCCCUACGGAAAAGAGCAGUGAAAGUGAAGCAUGUGAAGCGUCGGGAGAAGAAGUCUGAGAAGAAGGUGAUGGAGAGGAAGGAGGAGAGAUACAAGAGACAUCGGCAAAAGCAGAAACACAAGGACAAAUGGAAACACCCAGAGAGAGCUGAUGCUAAGGACCCUGCAUCACUACCGCAGUGCCUGGGGCCUGGCUGUGUGCGUGCUGCCCAGCCUGGCUCCAAGUAUUGCUCAGAUGACUGUGGCAUGAAACUGGCUGCCAACCGCAUCUAUGAGAUCCUUCCCCAGCGCAUUCAGCAGUGGCAGCAGAGCCCCUGCAUUGCUGAAGAACAUGGCAAAAAGCUGCUUGAACGUAUUCGCCGGGAGCAGCAGAGUGCCCGCACCCGUCUUCAGGAAAUGGAACGCAGAUUCCAUGAGCUCGAGGCCAUCAUUCUUCGUGCCAAGCAGCAGGCUGUGCGCGAGGAUGAAGAGAGCAAUGAGAACGACAGUGAUGACACAGACCUACAGAUCUUCUGUGUCUCCUGUGGGCACCCCAUCAACCCACGUGUUGCCUUGCGCCACAUGGAGCGCUGCUAUGCUAAGUAUGAGAGCCAGACGUCCUUUGGGUCCAUGUACCCCACACGCAUUGAAGGGGCCACAAGACUCUUCUGUGAUGUCUAUAAUCCUCAGAGCAAAACAUACUGUAAGCGGCUCCAGGUGCUAUGUCCUGAGCACUCUCGGGAUCCCAAAGUGCCAGCUGAUGAGGUAUGCGGUUGCCCCCUUGUACGUGAUGUCUUUGAGCUCACAGGUGAUUUCUGCCGCUUGCCGAAGCGCCAGUGCAAUCGCCAUUACUGCUGGGAGAAGCUGCGACGUGCUGAAGUGGACUUGGAGCGUGUACGGGUGUGGUACAAGUUGGACGAGCUGUUUGAACAAGAGCGCAAUGUACGCACAGCCAUGACAAACCGGGCAGGAUUACUGGCCCUGAUGCUGCACCAAACCAUCCAGCAUGACCCACUCACUACCGACCUGCGCUCCAGUGCCGACCGCUGAGCCUACGGAUUCAGAGCCCUCACCCUGCAUUCCAUUUGGGGGAGUGGCCCGGAAUCCCCUUUUGUCCAUUUCUCCAUUAUUUGUUUCUUCCAUUGUCCCUGAGUUUUCUCCCUGUGCCUAUCCACCUUUGACUGCCUAAAGGGUUUCAGAAUUUCCCUCUCUCCAUUUUCUGUGCCUGGGUGGGACUGUGGAGUCUACUCACCCUUGCUUCCCUUCUCCCCUGGUUUUGUUAAUAAAAUUUUGAAGAACCAA